AUGACUCCGCUAACUACUAUCUCGCUCUUUUUUUACGUCGGAUUCGUCGUCUCUGAAAACCCUCCAAAUGAAAAUGAACCGUGGUCUCCGAAUUACAAAAAAAUGGCGUUUGACACUUCCAUUUACUCUCUACUCCGAUUGUCCCCUAUUCCCAUAAAUGCACUUUGGACAAGAAUUUUACCUCUUGCUGAAACUGCCGAGCCUACAUUUCCCAAUUAUGACCUUAUGGAAGA